AUGAGUCCAAAGAUUGAUGCCAAUGAUACUAACAAUUCACUUGCCUGUACUGAAUAUGUUAAGGAUAUUUUUGCUCACUACAAGUCAAUUGAGUCCAAGUAUUUGCCGGAUCCAACCUACAUGUCCAGACAUCCAAACUUUAAUGAUCAAACCAGAUUGUUGACUAUCAAUUGGUUGAUGACCAUUCAUGGUUAUUAUGAAUUCUCACCUGAAACUAUGUAUCUCUGUGUUAACAUUUUUGAUAGAUUCUUGAGCUCCCAUCCAGAUAUGGCUUUGGAUAAGAUUCACUUGGUUGCCAUUACCUCAUUGUUCAUUGCUUCAAAGUAUGAAGAAAUCAAACCACUCAAUACUUCUCAUCUUAUCAAGAUGACUCGUAAGGCCUAUACCAAGGAAGAUAUCCUCAUUAUGGAAAGACUCAUCUUGAAGACUCUCGACUUUAACUUGACUAUUGCUAGUGUCUAUGUCUUUUUGAAGAGAUACUUGAAGUGUAGUGGUAACUUUGAUAAUGUUCAAGUCCAAAUUGCAACCUUUGUUGCUGAAAUGUCCCUCUACGAUACAGCCAUGUUGAAUUAUACACCAAGUACCAUUGCUUGUGCUGCCAUUUAUGUUGCCAGAUCACUCAGAAAAUGUGGUGGUGACAAGUGGAAUUCCAACUUGGUCUAUUACUCUGGAAAGACUGAAGAUGAUAUUUUACCAUGUGCUAAACAAGUUUACUACUUUAUGAAAUGUUUCUGCAGUACACCAACCUUUGAAAGUGGUAGAAAGACUGCUGAUAAGAAUUACUUGCUUGUCAAAUUCUCCAAGCCAGAACACUUGAAGAUUUCAGAAAGCAUUAAGCAAGUCUUUGAACAAAAGAAGAGAGGUCGUGAACAACAAUAA